AUGUUAGAUGGGCAAACUUAUGUGAUUGAAGAUGGCUCAAACUUGGUGGACGAAGUGAGUGAGGAGAUGCUUCUUGACGACCCUCUGGAGGAGAGUCCCGUCAACAGCCCUUGGAGCGAGUCGAGUGCACCUAAGCUCGAGCUGAAAACACUCCCUGCGGGGCUCAGGUAUGCAUUUCUGGGACCUAACUCUACAUACCCUGUGAUAGUGAAUGCUGAGCUGAACAAUGUUGAACUUGCUUUGCUUCUCUGUGAGCUUAGGAAGUAUAGAAAAGCUAUAGGGUAUUCGCUAGAUGACAUCCCUGGAAUUUCUCCUGAUCUUUGCAUGCAUAGAAUACAUCUAGAAGAUGAAUCGAUGACUUCUGUAGAACAUCAGAGGAGGUUAAACCCGAAUCUAAAAGAUGUUGUCAAGAAAGAGAUAAUGAAACUUCUAGAUGCUGGUGUAAUUUAUGCUAUAUCUGAUAGUAAGUGGGUCAGUCCUGUGCAUGUAGUUCCUAAGAAAGGUGGUAUAACUGUUGUUAAGAAUGAUAGGAACGAGCUGAUACCCACUAGAACUGUCACUGAUGGUUACUCAGGUUUCUUUCAGAUCCCCAUCCACCCAGACGACCAGGAGAAGACGACAUUCACAUGUCCAUAUGGCACUUAUGCUAUCGCAGAAUGCCGUUUGGACUGUGCAAUGCACCGGCCACGUUCCAGCGCUGCAUGA